AUGUUAGAUAUUGCUUCUGUGAAUGCACGUAUUUUAUAUAGUUGCAAAAAUAUAAUCUCACCAAUACCACGUCGAAAUUUUGGUAUAAAAAUAGGAAAAGAGCCUAUUAUUCCUCAUAUGAAACGACGACUAUUACAAGAAAGACUACCUAGAGAAAUACCCCAAAUUAUUAAAAGAAUACUAGGAGAUAAUACUGACGAAGCAACUCAAGCAACUUCUUCUAACCCUAACAAACGACGACGGUGUUACGUGUGUCCAAGUUCUAAAGAUACGAAAUAUUCAAAUAUUUGUUCUGUAUGUAAAAAACGGUUUGUAAAACACAUGGCGUUCAAGUAUCGAAAUGUGUUUAGUGUAUAA